GCGGCGGGGCUCGGCUCGUGGGGAAGCGCUGGUGUCCGUCGGUGCCGGAAAGGAUCCCGGCCAGCUGCUGCCCUGCGUGUGCCAGAUGCGAUCGGCAGCGUGCCGGUUCUGGGGCUGUGGGUGCGGAGCAGAGAGCGUGGCUUUGGGAGCUCGUGGGGACUUGUUUCCCCGCUCGCACCCCACUGUGCAGGCUGGCCUGCAGCAGCCCAAGGCUGUCCCUCCUUCCUUCUCCUGCUCCCAGUGUGCAGGCGGCUCUGGGUGCCUCGGCAGGGUGGCCAGGCCCGCAGCCGGCUGAGGUCUGGUCAUGGAAGGGGAGCCGCAGCGUGCCUGAAUCGCGGCACUGUCUGCGCUGCAGCUUGCGGUGAGGUCUCAGGUGGCUGCCAGGAGCUGCUCUCCUCCCCUGGCAGCACCGCAGGCUCCCUGCUCGCUGGGGCCGCUGCUUGCUGGAGGGGGAUGGGGCUCCCUUGGGCACUGCUGGCUCUCACCUUUCCCACUGUCUCUGAAACACGACCCGGUAUUUCAGGGUGCCUGUGGAGCUCCGUGUGUGGAGCUCGCACCGGUGCUGUCGUGUUACAGGCUCCUUUGCGCUGGGUGGGUCACUCCCUGCUCUGCUCCCCACCUGCCUUCCCAGCUUCUUGUGUUUGGCCUCCGACAUGGAGCGAGCUGUCCCCAGGCAUCCCUGUGUGCAGGUCCCUGGGUGGGUGCUGGAGGUGAUGGUGUACCCCUUUUCCUGGUCCCUGUGCCGGUUUCCUUUCUGUUGUGAAGAUGAGUCACACCGGUGUCACCAUGUUGUGCUCCAGGGGAAGGGCAGAGCUGAGCUGCUGGUGGUGACAGGCAGCACGGCGCUCGGCACUGCUACCAGGCACUGCCUGGUCGAUCGCUGACUGUGGAAGUGCUGGGGCCUGGGGCUCCAGAGAGCCCCAGAGAGCAAGGGCUCUCCCUGGCUUUCCUCCUUCCAGUCUCUCAUUUAGCUGGGGCUCCUCACACAGCAUUUGUGGGCAUCUCCUCUGGUCUCCCUUUGGGACUGGAGAGGCAGGCUUCCCAUCCCAGUUGCUCCUAGCUCCGUGCCCAGAUAGGCCCGUCCUGGUUGGAGAAGGGGCUCCCGCCUGCUGCAGACCGUGGCGGCAGGAGGCAUGGCUUCCCUUGCCUUGCCUCUCCCCUCCUUCGGUGCCCUUCUCCCCUCCUGGUUUGUUUCCUGUGUUUGUAAGCACAGAGCGUAAGUACACAUUGGGCAAUAGGCAAGGUAAACAGCAGUGGCGUGCUGGGGCAAGCAUGCCGGGGCGGGCGCCCUGCGGAGCCAGCCGCCACCAUGGCUCCUCGGGGCCCCAGGUCCCAUGCAGCUCUCCGUGAACCACAGUGGACAGUGGGUGCAGUGUGCCAAGGCCCCCUUGCCCGGUGCCAGAGCCGUGGCUUGGUCCAGCAGAGCCCUUCCUGGGUUUGAGGAGAGGCGCCCCAGGGCCUGACCACUCUUCCAUCUCUCUGCAGGUUGUGCUGCUGUCCCAGACAGUCUGUUCCUGCUGCUGCUCUCUGGCCCUGGCUGUUGUGGGCUCGUCCCCAUGCUCUCUUGGGCUGAGCAGGGGCCAGCAGGGCAGAGAGGCCGGCGCGCCUCAGGGUGCUGACACAGGGAGGCCACUGGACCCACCGCUCCUGGGACCCUCCUGCUCCCCAGCUAGAGGAACUCCGAUACUCUGAUGGAUCUGAGACCCUGCUCGCUGCUCCUGCACUGGACUCUGGUGGUUGCCCUCGCUCUCCUGGCCCAGGAGGUGCUGGCCCAGCGUAUUUACACCAACACCUGGGCUGUGCUCGUCCCUGCGGGGCCCCAGGAGGCUGACAGGCUGGCCAGGAAGCAUGGAUUCCUCAAUCUGGGCCCGAUCUUUGGUGACUAUUACCACUUUCGGCACAGUGGUGUGGUGAAGCGUUCCCUCUCACCCCACCAGCCCUGGCACAGCCGUUUGGCCAGGGAACCGCAGGUGCAGUGGCUGGAGCAGCAGGUGGCAAAGCGCAGGACCAAGCGAGACGUUUUCAUGGAGCCCACAGACCCCAAGUUCCCGCAGCAGUGGUACCUGUACAACACAAACCAGCGGGACCUGAAUGUGCGUCAGGCCUGGGAGCAGGGCUACACGGGCAAGGGCAUCGUGGUUUCCAUCCUGGAUGAUGGCAUUGAGAAGAACCACCCUGACCUGGAGGGCAACUAUGAUCCAGGGGCAAGCUUUGAUGUCAAUGACCAGGACCCAGACCCACAGCCCCGCUACACGCAGAUGAAUGACAACAGACAUGGCACACGCUGCGCUGGGGAAGUCGCUGCUGUGGCAAACAAUGGGAUCUGUGGUGUUGGCGUGGCUUACAACGCCAGGAUCGGAGGCGUGCGCAUGCUGGAUGGGGAGGUGACUGAUGCUGUGGAGGCCCAUUCCCUGGGCCUCAAUCCCAACCACAUCCACAUCUACAGUGCCAGCUGGGGCCCUGAGGACGAUGGCAAGACUGUGGAUGGCCCGGCCCGGCUGGCAGAGGAGGCUUUCUUCCGAGGGGUCAGCCAGGGCCGAGGGGGGCUGGGCUCCAUCUUCGUCUGGGCGUCCGGGAACGGGGGCCGCGAGCACGACAGCUGCAACUGUGACGGUUACACCAACAGCAUCUACACGCUGUCCAUCAGCAGCACCACGCAGUAUGGUAACGUGCCCUGGUACAGCGAGGCCUGCUCCUCCACCCUUGCCACCACCUACAGCAGCGGCAACCAGAAUGAGAAGCAGAUUGUGACGACUGACCUCAGACAGAAAUGCACCGAAUCACACACAGGGACGUCUGCCUCGGCACCCCUGGCUGCUGGCAUCAUCGCCCUCGCCCUGGAAGCCAACAAGAACCUGACCUGGCGUGACAUGCAGCACCUGGUGGUGCAGACGUCAAAGCCAGCUCACCUCAAUGCCAAUGACUGGGUCACCAACGGCGUCGGCCGCAAAGUCAGCCACUCCUAUGGCUACGGCCUGCUGGAUGCUGGGGCCAUGGUGAGCCUGGCCAAGAACUGGACCACGGUGGGACCUCAGAGGAAGUGCGUCAUUGACGUCCUCACGGAGCCGAAGGACAUCGGGAAACGCCUGGAGGUGCGGCGGAAGGUGGAUGCCUGCCUGGGGAAAGCCAACUACAUCAGCCGGCUGGAGCACGCACAGGCCAGGCUGACGCUGUCCUACAACCGUCGGGGGGACUUGGCCAUCCACCUUGUCAGUCCCAUGGGCACCCGGUCCACCCUCCUGGCUGCCAGGCCCCAUGACUUCUCGGCUGAUGGCUUCAAUGACUGGGCCUUCAUGACGACGCACUCGUGGGACGAGGACCCCUCUGGGGAAUGGGUGCUGGAGAUCGAGAACACCAGCGACGCCAACAACUAUGGCACACUGACCAAGUUCACACUCGUGCUGUACGGGACGGCCACUGACUCCCCCAGCCUCUCCAACCAGCUGGAGAGCAGCGGCUGCAAGACCCUGACCCCCAGCCAGACCUGUGUGGUCUGCGAGGAGGGGUACUACCUGCACCAGAAGAGCUGCCUGAAGCGCUGCCCUCCUGGCUUUGCACCCGGUGUCCAGAGCACGCACUACAACCUGGAGAACAGCGUGGAGCCCAUCGCGCCCCACCUCUGCCUGCCCUGCCACCCCUCCUGCGCCACUUGCGCGGGGCCCGGCCCCAACCAGUGCCUGACCUGCCCUGCGCACUCCCACUUCAGCAGCCUGGACCUCUCCUGCUCCCACCAGACGCAGAGCAGCCGUGCGUCCCCUGCCCUGGCAGACGGCGAGGGGCUGGCCAAGGCCCCCCCUCCAGCCAACCUGCCUGUCCUCAUCGCCAGUCUCAGCUGCAUCCUUAUUGUCGUCAUCUUUGUCACCGUCUUCCUGGUGCUGCAGGCGCGCUCAGGCUUCAGCCUGCGGGGUGUGAAGGUCUAUGCUCUGGACAGCGGGAUUAUCUCCUACAAGGGGCUCCCCUCUGACAUCUGGCAGGAAGAGGGCCCCUCCGAGUCGGACGGUGAGGAGUACGAGGCCCACAGUGAGAGGACUGCCUUCAUCAGAGACCAAAGUGCCCUUUGAUGAGCCCUCCCGCCCCUCCCUCCUCCCUGCCCAGCACUGUGGGGCCGGGGCAGGUGAGGCCGAGGGGCCCCGGACUCUGCCCCCAUCCCCCUCCUGCACCACAGCAGCCCGGGGCUCCCCACCCGCCGGCAUCGUCCCUUGGCCCUGGCCUGGGCUGCCGGGCAUGGCCCCGCCAGCACCGUCCCCAGCUCGGCACCGUCCCAGUCUUGCACCAUCUCUCUUGGCCCCGCGUCCAUCCUGUACCCUACGCUGGGGUAUUUGAUGGCAGCGGGGCCCCUGGCGCUCACUGGCCCUGCACUGGCAGCCGUGUCCCCUGCCUGAGGUGGGCAGCUGCUGCUGGGGGGUCAUGCAGGUCCCCCGGCGUGGGCAGCAUGUGGGGUCCCUGGGUUGUCAUUGCUCAGGCUGGGCUGGCCGGGGCAGGAGUGGCUGUGCCUUGAGCCUAGCCCACGGCACGGCAUCCCCCUGCCCCUGCUGCCCUCGGCACCUGCCGGGCCCCUGCCCGUGUCCCUGGCUUGGCCUGCUGUGUCCUGGCUCCCCACCACCUCCCGAGGGCCUGUCCGCCUCCACCCAUGCCCUUCAACAGCAAUAAUGGCCAGGCCUCAGCCUCUGCUGCCUGCUUGCCCGCUGCCUGCCCCUCCCACCAUGGCUGUGGUUGCCUGCAGCGUGGACAGGAGCCCCCCUGCACCGGAGAGCAUGGGGCAGGGCCGCGCCUUGCCUUGUGCCCGAGGCUCAGCCCCCCAGUGUGGGCAGGGACCACCUCGCACAGACCCUGCUCUGCUGGGCUGCCCCGGGCCCCCUCUUGUUUUGCCCCUCGGCAGGGCUGGGUGCGCUGCUGGCCGGGGCAGUUGGGCAGUGCUGGUGCCUGCGCUGCCCUGGCUCUGCCUGCACCCUGCUUGUGCUGGGCAGAGCCCAGCGUCCCUGCAGCCCCAGCCCCCAAAGCGCCCCUGCCCCCCCGACGUGCCUUGCCCCCACUUGGUGACAAUCCGUUCCGCUCCCCGCCGGAGCCCCUUCCCGGCACCGCCUGCCCUCGCUGCCCCUUCCCCACGGGCUGGGGGCCGGUGCCGCAAGCCCCUUCACCGUCCGCCGCCGCACACCGGGGCUGUGGCAUGGGCUCCCACCCGCCCCGUGCCAGCGCCAGUCCCAGCCUGCCACGGAUGGAGCCGCCGGCCAGGGGCCACAGGACUAUUUUUCUAUAAUAACUUUUUGGUGCACAGUAAUUUUUUCUUGUAAUUUAAUCAGCCGGGAGCUGCCUCCUGAGCCUGUUUUUAAUUUAAUGGAUGUGGAUAUAACACUAGAGAG